AUGCCUCCCCCUCCCACUCCAUUUGCUCAUCGCCGCACUCCUCGACUCAUCACCAAAGGCCUUACUGCAUCUUCUCCCACCUCGACAGAGUCAUCAGCAUGCAUCUUGCAUAAGAUGUCCCUGUCCAAGGGCGCGACUUUCCACUCUUCAUCCUCGCCUGCCACUGAGGAUGAUCCAGUGCUCAGCAUCCCUCACCUGACUCGUCGCUCUCCGACAUGCUCUCAAUCGACUCUCACUAGUUGGCUCUCCGAAAAGGAAGACGUUGCUCAGUCCAUCGCCGACUUUGAACAAACCUUCUCUGGUGCUCGCGGCAAGAAGAUAUCCAGUCGUCGUCGCUCCACCCAGUCGCUUGACCAACAAGUCUGGGUUCGCCGCGUCACGUUACCCUCCGACGAAGGGUUGGGUUCAUCCAUCAGCCCAGCAAGUGACAAAGGUCUCGCCAAGUCAUUCGAAAGAGCGUUGGAUUUGUUGUCGAACAAGGACAGUGGGCUGGGUACUUCCAUCAGUGACUCAGCCGAGAAAGUCGCGGGAAAUACUUCCGAAGACGACAGUCUUGCACAAGCAGUUCAAGGUUGGAUUGCCCGAUGCAUGUUGAUGUGUGAAGACAGUGUUAACCAAGCUCGUGCAGUAGCUGACUCUCCAGACACGACUACUCGACGCACUAGGCAACGAGGCAGUCCCGCUCCAUCUAGGACUUGCAGCACCGUUACCCGAUCCGCAGUCACGCAGAGCAUUGCUCCGCCUACUUCUCGACCUACUUUGCGUCACCCCGCACUGAGUCCUUCGGCUCGAAAGAAGAUCAAGGACUAUAUCAUCACCCCUAUCCUCCGAGAAGAUCGAUUCGAGGACUUCCAUCCUCUUGUCACUGCUCUUGGAUCCAAGAACAACAAGGCCGUUAAAUGCUUGCGCGACCUUGAACAAAGCCUCAUCUUUCAGCCACUGGUAAGCACCCUCACCGUCACCCGCUUGACAGCAUCUGACGUCGAUUGCAAGACACUUGCCAUCUCAAGGCAACUGUACCGCCUCUUUGGCGAGUUCACGAUCCAGCUUGUUGUCGAUACCUACCAACAUCUUGCUGAGUCUGAUCAACGACGUGCCGCCGACCGUCCAUACAACAACGGUUACUUCCUUGACCUGGUCCAACAGGUCAACCGACUAGCUGCACACAUCGGCUCUUCCAGUCGCGCUCAGCAGGCAGGCACUGCUGAGGAAAACGACGACAUGGCUUACUCCAUCGAUGACGAGGUUACCCUGGAGGGUGGUCUUGGGGAAACUGGCAACGAGGCCGAGCUCGUUCGCUGGAAGAAUGGCAAGGGCUACUCUCUGCGGACUGGUCUGCCUUAUGUGCCCAGUCCAGGCGUCAAAAGAGCUAGCAGUGAAGCUCUUGAUGAAGACGUGGCAAGGUCCAUGGCUCGCAGAAAGAAGGGCUACAUCCCCGAAAUUGUUGAGAUGAAAUGCUCCGACCCUACCUGUGACAAGAUCUUCAACCGCAAGUGUGACCUGGCCAAGCACGAGAAGACGCAUUCUCGUCCUUUUAAAUGUCCCGAGGCGAGCUGCAAGUACCAUGAGCUUGGACUUCCAACGGAGAAGGAACGGGAGCGACACAUCAAUGACCGUCAUUCCAAAAACCCUGUCUUCUAUAAGUGCGAGUUCUGUGAGUUCCGUACCAAGCGUGAGAGCAACUGCAAGCAGCAUCAGGAGAAGAAGCAUGGUUGGCACUAUGAACGUGCCAAGGGCAAAGACAAGGUCAUGACCAAAAUGACACCGGCUCAGACUCCACGCACUCCAAGUAUGGAUUACUCCCCCAGCCCAGCUGUUUCUAUCAGAACCUGGGACGACACCAGCUCUAUUGCGGGAAGCAUCGCUGGAAGCAUGCCAGGCAGCUCUUCCAUGACGCCAUUUGAGCAGCCGAUCAACGCUUUCGACAAUUUCAACGGCACACCGGUUACAUAUUCGAACCCGAUCUUCCCGCGAAACCCUCCUGCUGCCCCUUACAACCCAGCGGGUGAUGAUUUCGACUUCAACGCUCCUUUCCAGGCCGCCUAUCAGCCCGCUCAGUAUCCUAACCUGAUGACCACACCCAUCACACCAACUUACAGCAACAUCACCGAGCCAUCUCCAUACAAUACAGCCAUGGAUAUCACCGUGGACUGCAACAACCAGACUUCCUGGAACCAGGGGCUGCCGACACCAAGCUCCUACUUCCAGCCGACCUCUCGCAAUCCGUCCAUCUCGGAGCAUUCUCCCAUGAUUGCUGGUUCUUCUGGACAGUCAUUCAACGAUGCCCCGUUGAUUGUCUCGGACUCGGAGUUUCAGAGUGACUUCUCCCUCUUUGGAGGUGAAAGUAGCAAUGCCUUCUCCAACCCCGCCGCCGCCACGGCAACUUUGUUCCCAGGUGGUCCUGAGGCCUUUGCUACUCUCGACAACGACCCAAUGUUCGAUUCUGUCUGGAACGACAGCGAUUUCAUCGACUAUGACAUGAAUAAUUAG